AUGGAAAUUUUGCCUGGCCAGGCUGAAAACAGAAAAACCUUGUGUCUUUCGUGGCGAUGGUUCGACAAAUUAUUUCCUUUGCAGAGGCCUGCUUGGAACGAAGCAAUGGCUUUUUCCGACGAAGAAAGGAUGCUUAUGGAAGUAACUGGCUGGACAAAAGAACAGCUUUUCAAUGGACUGAAGAAAUAUUCUGAAGAAUUGUCAAGAUACUACACGAUCGCCAGGGUUAUCAGAAUAUUUUUCGUCGCCGUAUUCUUUCUUUUCGGGACACUCAUCACCCUUGCUGAACUUGGUAUUAUAACAUCGAAAAAAGACUGA